GUGCUACUCGCGUAUUCUAGUGAGAACGUUGAGUUGAAGAUAGAGUUCAUUCCGGAACAACGUUUUCCCGAGGUGUACGAAAGCUUCCCAGCAGCAUCUCGACAACCUCAAUACUGAUCGCCCCAUCUACCUAAACGGACAUCCGCAAUGCUUCUCUCCAAACUCCUUCUACUCCCUGUCGCGGUCGCCUCAUCCGUAACAGUCUACGUACACUCCCUACCUAGCUCCGACCACUACGCCUCCGCGCCUCUUCCUACACCCAUCCCCGUCGCGCAGAUCGACUACGACGCGAGCACAUCCACGGGCACUCUGUCAUCCUAUACGCCGCCGACGGGAUCCUACUCCCCGGAACACCUCCUCCGAAUAGGCCUAUCAGAUUCUAAAUCCGGUCACUGGCGCGGCGUCGUUACUUCAGCUGCCAGCUUCGGCGAUGAAUACAAGAAGAAAUUCACGAUCCAUAUAGAUGAGAAAGGAGAGGUAUAUCAUGUAGGCUUCGGUACGAGUGCAAGGGCGAAGGGGGAGGAGGUCGAAGUAGAGGUUGUGAAGAGAGCGAGCGGGCCGAAACCCAUUCUGAACAAGCCGGUUGUUUUGAAUGCGGAGGGGAAACUAGAAGAGAAGGAGCCGGAGAAGAGCUUUCUACAGAAAUAUUGGUGGGCCAUUGCGCUGUUCCUGGCUGUGCAAUUUCUCGCGGGAGGAGGGAAGGAAUGAGAGUCAGGAUGCAAGUUCGUUGGAAUUAUACCAUAAUUGUAUCCUUUUGCAGAUUUUGAUCGGUGUAUAUCAAGCAUUGGCACAUUACCCCUAAAUUCAUAGAGUAGUCAAGAAACAUUCACUCGGCAAUCCUGAC